AUGCAGUCGCUCGCGAUUCGAUCUGCUAACGAGCAUCCGGACGACGCAAGCGCGCACCCAAAUGGCGUCGCAAUGGGAGACUUAAUUACGAUAGCAGAGGACGAUGCGCGCAAAGGAGGAAGUUACGAUACACCCAUGGAGGAUCAAGAUAUGCCCCAAGUCCGGGAAGAGCGCUCGCACCGACUCAAAGCGAAGAACAGGCGCAAGCGUUAUCUCGACGUCCACCCCGAAUACUUCACCGACUCUUCGCUCGAACUCGCCGACCCGCUCCUCUACGAUCGUCUCAUCCGCCGCUUCCAAACUGCCGCCGAACGCGAGGCUGAGGGACAACGAAAAGGCUUCUCAGGGCAGAUGGCCACGGACCUGUGGCGCGUUGAGGCGAAGAAGGAGGCUCUAAGCCACCCAAGCCCGGCGUCGCUAUUCACGUACACUCGAGGACCCCAAGGAGAGAUACAGGAGGCGGAUAAGGACGAGGUGCCUAUGUCAAAGGAGGAAGGGAAGGCUUGGUGGAGAGAUGAGAUGACGCAGCGCUUUCUCCGCGGUGAUGAUGAGGACUUUGAUUAUGUGAAGGUGGAUGGAAGUGACAAGUACGAUGAUCCGGAGGAGGAGCGGGAUAUUCAGGAGGCAUACUUUGACAGCAUGGAGUCCGAUUUCGACACGGAUGGGGAAGGCAAAGAGAAGAUUCUCAUCGGAGAGACGGGCAUACAAGAUUAUUGA